AUGUCCUCACCAACACCUUUAUCGACGACACCCUCACCACUCGACGCCGAGAUCGAAUCUCUCAAAGCCAAAGUCACAACCCUCAAAUCCCACCUCCGCAUCCAAACCUCCACCCUCAUCUCCUCUCCUUCUGUCUCUUCCCUUCUCUCCAACCCGCCUUCCUCCUCGCACCUCAAACCAAAGGGCCUCACCCCAACCAUCCUCAAAUCCCUCCGCCACCACGCCUCUCUCCAAAAGGCGCACAACCAACAAUCCCUCUACCGGACUUGCGCCACCAUCACCACCUUCCGCGUGCAAGAUCCGGACCCGAACGCGGUAGACGGCGGAGCCGUACUCGGGUUAAGGAUAGAAGUCUUUGCGCGCGGGAGGUUCAUGAGGCCCUAUUAUGUUUUGAUGAAUCGACCUUGGUCGGAUGGGACGAAAAAUGGGAAGGGGAAUAGCAGCAGUAACAGCAGCAGCAGCAGCAGCAAAGAGAAGGAGAAGAGCAGGAGCAGCAGAAAGGCAACCACCAGCGGCGGGAGGUACGCAAACUGGUUACGAGUCCACAGACAUACCGUUCCCCCUUGUAUUCCCAUUUCAGGAUUAGUAGCGCGAUAUUUACCGACACCGCCAUCAUCACGACCUGACAAAGAAGAAGAAGAAGAAGAACAAGGUGGUGUGAGGGAACAAAACCUUGUCAAGUUCGCUAGAAGCUUAAGAAGGGAGUUGGUACGGUAUCAUCAUCGUCUGGCAACCAUUACGGACCUACGGAGGGCUAUCCUGGCGCAAGACCAAACCGAGCAACAAGAAGAAAAGGGCCCAAACAAAAUACAAGACGUCAUCCCCGCCGAUGCCGAAGCGAAACAAAUCACUGUCGAAUGGGCAGAUGGUCAGACGGGACGGUUGGUGAUGGGUGAUGAUGGGGAGAUUGUACAAGUUGUUGCGUUGAAUGGUGGUGGUGCUGGUGGUGGUGGAGGGCAAGGGAAUGGAAAUGGAAGUGGGAGGGAUAGAGAGGUGGUUAGGGAGUUGGUAGGGAGUGCGAAAAGGGUGGAGGAUGUUGUUAGGCGGUUGGGGUCGGGGACGAAGGAAAGGAGAAAUGCGAUGAGUAAGGCAGACAGUAGCCAGGUGCGCUUACCUCUUUUCAUCUCCACCCAAAACUCCUGUGACCACUUCAUGCACUCACUCCAGUCAUUCUCGGCUUCAGUUUCGGGGGCACCAGCACUCGAACUCACCUUGGAUCUUCCCCUACGCCAGUCCAAGGUACAUCAAUCAUGCCGUCACUCAGUCCACCACAUGCCUUGUACGCCUAGUCUUCUUCAAGGCUUUAAGAACGUUGCGACAUACCCGUCUGCUCUUCAGAGUCCUGAGAUGGGUGGGGAAAGGCACGGCCCGGUGGUGGAAGGGGACACAGCGUUGCAAGUGCAACAAACUUCAUUGGUCGAUCGUGGUUUGGUGACUGAUCAGCGUUCCUGGGGUUUGGAAGAUGUGGGUGGUCUGGACUGGUGUGGUGUAGUGUAG